AUGCGAGGAUGCCUGCAGUUAGCCAGAUGGCUGAGCGCAGCGCCAACCCGCCCUGCUGCUAGCCAUUGGCCUGGCCUUUGCGCCGCUCCGCGGUUUUUCUCCCAUUCAGCGAUCCUCCGAGCCUCCGCAAGGACAGCCCGCGCGGCGGCGAGCAAACCUCCCUCCGACCUUGAAUCGCGAAUCGCGGCGAUCCCAAUCGAGCGGUACCGGAAUUUCUGCAUCGUCGCGCACGUCGACCAUGGCAAAAGCACCCUCUCUGACCGACUGCUGGAACUGACGGGGACGAUUGAGCCGGGGACAAACAAGCAGGUUCUGGACAAACUCGAUGUGGAGCGUGAACGGGGUAUCACAGUCAAGGCGCAGACAUGUACGAUGAUCUACAAUCACAACGGCGAGGACUAUCUGCUGCAUCUGGUCGAUACCCCGGGACAUGUGGAUUUCCGUGCGGAGGUCUCGCGCAGUUACGCCAGCUGCGGCGGUGCGUUGCUUCUUGUUGAUGCGAGCCAGGGUGUCCAGGCGCAGACCGUGGCGAACUUCUACCUCGCCUUUGCCCAGGGUCUGGAGCUUAUCCCUGUCAUUAACAAAGUAGAUUUGCCGUCGGCGGAGCCCGAGCGCGCCCUCGAGCAGAUGAAACAGUCUUUCGAACUCGACACGGAAAAUGCUGUGAUGGUUUCGGCGAAGUCGGGACUGAAUGUGGAGAAACUUCUUCCUACGGUGGUGGAUAAGAUUCCAGCACCGAUUGGCGACUGCAAAAAGCCCCUGCGAAUGCUCCUUGUCGACUCGUGGUACGACUCCUACAAAGGCGUGAUAUGCUUGGUCCGCGUAUUCGACGGCGAAAUCCGCGCGGGGGACCAAUUGGUGUCGUUCGCCACGGGCAUCAAGUACUACGUGGGCGAGGUCGGCAUCAUGUAUCCCAACGAGACUCCUCAGACGGUCAUUCGUGCGGGACAAGUCGGAUACAUCUUCUUCAACCCGGGUAUGAAGCGCAGUAAGGAAGCCAAGAUUGGGGACACCUACACGAAAGUCGGCUCCGAGAAGGCUGUUGAGCCGCUUCCGGGCUUCGAAGAACCAAAGGCGAUGGUCUUUGUGGCGGCAUACCCCGUGGACGCCGACCAUUUCGAGCAUCUCGAAGACAGCAUCAACCAGCUUAUGCUGAACGACCGGAGCAUCACGGUGCAGAAGGAGUCUUCCGAGGCUCUGGGCGCGGGCUUCCGGCUCGGAUUUCUGGGAACACUGCAUUGCUCCGUAUUCGAGGACCGUCUGCGCCAGGAGCACGGCGCCAGCAUCAUUAUCACCCCGCCUUCAGUGCCCGUGAAGGUUCUGUGGAAAGACGGGCGGGAGGAGAUCGUCACCAGCCCUGCAAAGUUCCCAGAUGAAGAUGAACUGCGGUCUAAGGUCGCGGAGAUCAAGGAACCCUACGUGCUGGCUACCUUGACGUUCCCAGAUGAAUACCUCGGAAAAGUCAUUGAACUGUGCGAAUCCAACCGUGGUGUCCAGCAGAGCCUCGAGUACUUCACGUCAACGCAGGUCAUCCUCAAAUACGAACUGCCAAUGGCUCAGCUUGUGGACGAUUUCUUCGGAAAGCUGAAGGGAUCGACGAAGGGCUACGCGUCUUUAGACUACGAGGAAUCCGCUUGGCAGACGAGCAACAUUGUGAAGCUGCAGCUCCUCGUCAAUAAAGCUCCUGUGGAUGCUGUGGCGAGAAUUGUGCACUAUAGUCAAAUUGAGAGACUUGGCAGGAAAUGGGUGACCAAGUUCAAGGAACAUGUUGAUCGGCAGCUCUUCGAGGUCGUGAUCCAAGCCGCUGUCGGACGGAAGGUCAUUGCGCGUGAAACGGUCAAACCGUACCGCAAAGACGUCCUCGCCAAACUCCAUGCCAGCGAUGUCAGUCGACGGAGAAAACUGUUGGAGAAGCAGAAGGAGGGACGGAAGAGACUGAGAGCAGUCGGCAAUGUCGUGAUAGAACAUAAGGCGUUCCAGGCUUUCUUGUCCAAGUGA